AUGUGUAAUAGUAGUAGACAAGCGCGUCGAGAAGAAAGACACAUUCGUCGUGAAGAAAAAAAUAUACGUCGAAUAGAGAAACAUAAACGAAAAGCUGAAAUACUCGCUAUGCGUCAAGAAAUUCGGAAUCUAAGACAUAAUAAUGAUUCCAAUUAUUGUCAUCAAUAUUCUUCUCACAAUGAUACACAACAAAUAGAAUCAUUUGAAGUUGAAGAAAUGAUUGCUACUUUGAGAAUAAUGUUUCCUGAAUGUGAACCUCAAUAUAUUCGUACUUGUAUCGUUCAAGAAACGAAUGAUCACGUUCAAAAAGUUACUGACAAAUUAUUGUCAUUACCUUAUCCAAAGAUCACUAUCGUUUCAACUGCACCUUCUGCUCCCCAAUUACCUCUUUUAAACGAUGAAUAUGAUUAUUCAUUACCUCCAUAUGAACCACCUUCUUAUAAUGAAGCCUUACUAAAUCUAAAAGCACAAGAGUCACUGAAAGAGGAAUUUUCUGUAUCAAGUAUUCCCAAUGAUAAUAAGACUGAAUAUUCUACCCCAAAUGACAUUUCCCAUAAUUUUAAUAUUUCUCUGAAUGAUUCUCCCCCAAAUAACUUUUCUCGCAUGGUAGAACAAAUUUGUAAAACACAUUCAGCAAUUCUUACUCGUCCACUCCCGGAAAAUUUCAUUCGAUCCUUACCUCCAAAUUCCACUCAAACAUGUGCCAUAAUACCCAAAAAUGGAACUACCAUACAAAAUGGUUUUCCCAUCGCCAGUUAUCCUACUCAAGAAUUUGAAUCUCUUGAUAUAUCCCAUAAUGAUUGGGAAAUUUUUAUUAAAGGAUUAAAUAUGUUAUUAGGUGUAUCAAAUUCUCCUGAAGUAUCAACAUCAUCAACAUCAACUUCAACUUCUUCUUCUCCCACUUCCAAUUCAAUAUUUGGUCAUCUAAAAUGGAUUGUUGGUGGUGGUAAUAAUUUUAGUGGUGGAAGUAAUAAUAAUUGUAAUGGUGGUGAUAAACAAAUGGAAGAAUUUACAAGAUUAACAAAAAAAUAUUUGAAAAGAUGGAAUAAUGAAUUCUUUAAACCUAGGAAAGUGGAAAUUGAAUUAAUUAGCAAAAAUAAGAAUCAUGGUAGAAGUAUUUUUAAGAAUAAAUCGGAUUAUGUACAAUAUUUAUCUGUUAAAAUUUUUAUGUAA